AUGUCGACCAUCAGCCUCACAACAACCAACGUCGCCAGCGACCUUGCUACCGGCAAGGAAGACGUCGAGCAGAAAGAAGUCGAGCAGAACAAGCCCACCGUCACAGACAGGUUCGCAACAGGCGGCUACUCCUUCCCCGGCCUCCCCCAGUUCGACGACCCCCACAGAAAACGACAAUGGCAACUCGAGCACAUGGCCGGCGCGUUCCGAGUGUUCGCCCGAAAGGGCUUCACAGAGGGAACCGCAGGGCAUAUUAGCGUCAGGGAUCCUGUGCAGCCAGAUACUUUCUGGAUAAAUCCACUCGGAGUACACUUCGCCAUGCUCAAGGCAAGCGACAUGGUCCAGGUCAAUGAAAAUGGCCGUGUUAUCGGAGGAAAUAAAGUAGCUGUUAAUUCAGCUGGAUUCCAGAUCCACAGCGCGAUUCACAAGGCUUGUCCGGAUGUACAUGCUGCCUGUCAUACACAUUCGCCGGCGGGCAAGGCGUGGUCGACCUUCGGACGGCCGCUGGACAUUAUUAACCAGGAUACUUGUAUCUUUUGGGGUAUCCAGGCAGUCUAUAAAAACUUUGGCGGAGUUGUGCUGGAGCAGGACGAGGGGCAAAGAAUUGCGAAGGCGUUAGGAGAGGAUAAGAAAGUGGCUAUUCUGCAGAACCACGGGCUUCUUACUACCGGGGCAACUGUUGAUGAGGCGGCUUAUCUGUUUACGCUGCUGGAGCGGUCGUGCGAAGUGCAGUUGAUGGUGGAGAGUGCUGGUUUGCCAAAGAAGAUUGUGGGUGACAGUGAGGCUGAGUACACGGCCAAAGUCAACGCAGACCCGGAGACUCUUUACAUAGAGUUCCAGCCAGACUUUGAGUACGAAAUCUGGAAGUCCGAGGGCGAAUUGAGAAAGGGGACCCCUUGA